ACCGUUAGUUACGGACUCGGCGACGGUUCGCUGCGCUGACCGCGACGCUUGCUAGCUUCACUAAGUUAGCUGAUAUUCCGCAAUCCAUCUACGUUCUUGUUACGUUUGUUUCUAGUUUAACGCCCUGUCAUUGUUCCCGUGACUCACUGCGGUCAGAGCUGCGUCCCGUCUUUCUCUGAGUUACUUUUCUCCACCGGCGCCGCUGCUAGCUUAGUAACAUUAGCUGCACCUGGGUCAUCUGGACUCCGUGAGGUGGCAGGACAGAAAAGGGCACACAUCCACCGAUGGAGGGGUUUUCUGCAGGCAUGCUGAGCAGCGGCCAGGCUUUGCUCAGCGAGGACAGCUCUGUGAUGGCCCGCAUGCAGAAGAAGUUCUGGAAGACCAAGCAGGUCCUGAUCAAAGCCACGGGCAAGAAGGAGGACGAGUAUGUGGUGGCGUCAGACGCUGACCUGGAUGCUAAGCUGGAGUUCUUCCGCUCAGUUCAGUCUACAUGCACAGAGCUCCUGAAGGUGAUUGAGAAGUACCAGGACAGGAUUACACGUUUGUCGCAGGAGGAAAACGAGCUUGGACUGUUUCUGCGCUUCCAGGCCGAACAUGAUCGCACCAAAGCUGGAAACAUGAUGGAUGCCACCAGCAAAGCCCUGUGCACCUCAGCCAAGCAGAGGAUGGCACUCUGCCCACCGCUGCAUCGCUUGUACCAGGAGGUGGAGACGUUCAGGCGGCGGGCCAUCGCUGACACCCUGCUGACAGUCAGCCGAAUGGAGAAAUCCCGGACAGAGUACAGAGGAGCUCUGCUCUGGAUGAAAGAUGUCUCCCAAGAACUGGACCCAGACACCUACAAACAGCUGGAAAAGUUCCGCAAAGUCCAAGCCCAGGUCAGAGGGACAAAGAGUCAGUUUGAGAAGCUCAAAAAUGAUGUGUGUCAGAAGGUGGACAUGCUGGGAGCCAGCCGCUGCAACAUGCUGUCCCACUCCCUCUGUACCUACCAGACGACUUUGCUGCAGUUCUGGGAGAAGACGGCCCACUCCAUGUCAGGAAUCCACGAGGCCUUCCGAGGACAUGUACCGUACAACUUCACCACACUAAAGGAGCUGAGAGAUCCACUGGAGCAGAUCACAGACUCCCAGGAGCAGGAGGACAAGAAAGAGAAGUCAAUACAGAUCAACACAGACAAUCUGGUGUCACUGGAUGAUGACGACAAGCCAGCAGGAAGCUCCUCUAAUGCAGACACCACCCCCAGCAGUGAUGGACAGCACCAAACCAUUCAUGGUGCGCACCUAACUACUGCCGCGUCCACUCAAGCCCUGCAGGACGUAAGCACAGCACCCCUGGAAUCUGGCGACAGCCUGAUGCUCAUGGCCUGCGAUCUGCCACAGAUGCAGCUCCCAGCUCCAGCACACUACCUGCUCCAGCCACAGCAACUGCCUUCUCCUCAUGCUGGAAACCAAAUUGAACUCUGGGGCUCGAGAAGCCUGUCCGGCUUCACGCAGCUGUCCCUCACUGGUAGUGGUUUGCUCUCUGAUGGUCUGCCCCAGUCUUCAGGGCUGAGACUGGACGAGGAAGAAGGCGAGAGGGGGGACAUGGCUUUCCUCAAAGACCUUCUGAGUCCGGGGCCUGGGGUCAGCGAUGAGUUCAGUAAAGAGUGGCAGGAUGCUUUCGGGAUGUUUGACCCUCCAGCUGGAACAGGGGCGACAGGCAGCGGACAAGCAGCAUCUCUGCCUUCAAAUCCCCCAAGCCCCACAGGCUUCCUGCCUUCUCAGCUCCUGGAUCACAGUCUAAGCGCCACAGGCUGGUCAACUCCCCCUAUGUUCCAAGCUCCACCCCUGCAGCCUCCUGGUCAGAGCCAUCUAUCUCAGUCCACUCCAAGCUCAGCAGACAAUACUGCUACAGGUGGAUCCAAAGACAUGUCGGCCUGGUUCAACCUGUUUGCAGACCUCGACCCUCUCUCCAACCCGGAUGCCAUAGGCCGAUCUGCAGAUGAGCUGCUCAAUGCCUGAAGCUGUGUGUGUGUGUGUGUGUGUGUGUGUGUGUGUGUGUGUGUGUGUGUGUGUGUGUGUGUGUGUGUGUGUGUGUGUGUGUGUGUGUGUGUGUGUGUGUGUGUGUGUGUGUGUGUGUGUGUGUGUGUGUGUGUGUGUGUGUGUGUGUGUGUGUGUGUGUGUGUGUGUGUGUGUGUGUGUGUGUGUGUGUGUGUGUGUGUGUGUGUGUGUGUGUGUGUGUGUGUGUGUGUGUGUGUGUGUGUGUGUGUGUAUUGGAGCAACUUCUCAUUUAAAACAGUAAAGGAACACAGUAAUAAACACAGUCAGAUGUUACACCCACUCUUGCUCCUCCAUGUGCGAUAUCAGGAGAUGUGUUCAUGCUCGCUAAUACCAUUGGGAAAACAGAAGCCUCCUCCUCACAGCUUCUUUCUCCAACUGGUAACUGACUCAUUUGCACCCAGAGGACCUUGUGGUUUGUGAUUUUUCACUAUUAGUUGAAUCAGCUUCAGUUAGUCAGUGUGUUUGGGUUACAGGUUGAUUUUGGACCAUGCCGUGUUUUAAUAAUGGUUGUGUGGGUGUGUCUCAGUUUGCUGUGUGCACACAUCACAAGGAUGUUACAAAUACUGUUUACUCUGUUAGGGUAGAAGCACAUGACUAUCACACAGAAGUGCAUUGGACAGUUUGUGUUGGGUUAGAUGGAGCUGCAGAAUGGGUUAAGACACAAAGUUUCUGUCAAACCCUCAGGUGCCAACAGGUCCCGUCAGGUUCAUGUGUCCUCUACCCUGAGCCUGUCGUUGAGCCUUCAUUAGCACAAAACGAACUAAGAACUGGAAUCAGAUUACAAGCAGUGUGGGAAAACCAAACUCUUCAUGUGGCUUUCUAACAGUUCCCCUUCACCCCAGAUUCUGGUAGACUAAAUAAGUAACAAAGAGAAUCUUCUGUGCUUUCUGUUGUUUCAUUUUCACAAUAAGUCCAAGGCCAAGAAAAAUGUGUGAAUGAACGAUGAAGCCUUUGUUUUUCAUGUCCUGUAGAUUGAAGUUUUAACGCAGGCCCACAAGGUUUUAUUAUUUUUGUACAAAUAGCUGAACCUCUGCUGCACAAAGCAUAUUUAUGUAAGAUGAAAUGCAUACACUACUGAAAACACAUAUUAGCCCUUGUGUACUUUGAGAUGCACACAAAUGUAGGAACAUAUUUAAUGGGUAAGAAUCAACACUGGAGACAUGUUACUAUGUUCUCAUAACCCGCCUGAUGUAGAUUUAUUUCCCACUAUUCCGACUGACAUUUGUGAAUGUUUACACCUCGGUUUAAUGGUUAAAGGGACUAACAGGAGUUUUAUGGAGAAUAUUAUGAAAAUAAAACAAUAUUUAUUACCUGAAUAGUGAACCUAAGGUGAGCAGAGUGCAUUAUGGGAUACAUUUCUGUUUUGUGAGAGACACACUUUUAUAUAUUUGUCAUUACUGUACUUUUGUUGUUGCUCUUUGUGCUUCUUGGCAGAAGAAGCCUCUGUGUGAGUGUUUGUUAGUUUAGUUUGGAUUUACACUUCGAAACUGAAUGUAUUUCUCAAGUGAAUCACAAACACUUUGUUUAAUUCAACUAUGCCUUUUUAUUUCACUCUAGGGGUUUAACAGAUGAAAACUUGGCAGUUCUAUUUCCAAUAAACCAGACAAGCAAACAAAGAA